CAGCAAGCUGGUGGAUGGAUGCCUAACGAAAGCCACUCAUGUGCUAAAGCUCAGGAUUAAGGACACCCAGAAGAAAGGCCAUGAAUAAAUAAGGGUACCCUUUGCAUUAAAGUUCUAUCUAGCAUUAAUGGCACCGCACCAGCUUCUGCAAACCAAUCCUCCCCCUUCAACUCCUCCCACACAUUAAAAGCUUUUAACAGUACCCCAAUUCCCUCAACAAAGAAAGAGACAAUCCUUCUUUUUUCCCUACAGGCUGCAGGUUCAUCUGAAUUCCCUUCAUCAUCACUAUGCCUGCCCCUGAGACUAUAACACCCAAAUUUUCUUACCAGAGACUCCGAAACCAAGGUGGGUCUGAAGAUGAGGAAGAAAGGUAUGAGAGAGUGGUGAUAAGGAGAGCAAGAAGCAGGUCAAGGGUCAGAGUAAGAGUGCCCAUUGGAAAGAGGCUCAAGGUCAAAAUCCCAAGCUUGAGAAGAUUCUUAAGGAGAAAAGCUAGGCUGGUCUUGAUUUCAUGGGCAAAGGUUGUGCAGAGGCUGAAGAAAAGCCAGUCCCAUCUGGGUGAUCUCUUUGCUGGUAACUAUCUGUUCAUGCAGGUCUCUCCCACCCCUUUGAAGUUUGUUGAGAAGUCUUAUGUAGGUCAUGGUGCCCUUCAGGGAUUGCCCUCAAGGUUUUCCCUUGGGAAGCUCGCUUAGUUGGUUUGCGUGGAUGGUGUUUGUCUACGCUUGUGUAAUGAAGUGCGAGUUCUAGGGUUAAUUUAUGUAUACGUAAAUUCAUCCAAAGAUACGAAGCUGCUUUUGUAUUUUUGAACUUCUUGUUGGAUCUGCAAGUUAGGCUAGUCUCCCUUAACUUCUCAAAAUGUUUUUAAUGUUUAUUCUCCAAAAGUUUAAAUUACUCUGUUUUUGGAAGUACUA